GUUACAGCUAUUUCUUUCGACUGAGAAGCAGCCAAGGUAACACACGUAUUAACCUAAGAUUAUAUUUGUUGGCGCCGGUUACAGGUGGAGAUCAAGCCUCUCUCUCUCUCUCUUUUUCGUUCACUUGUGUGAUACUUGUCAAAUCGCGGAAACUUGUAGGUUACAACUGCACCUUUUUUACCAUGAUUUACGUUUGUAACUUCAUAAACGCUGUGACAUUUUUGUGGAGGCACAUCUGCAGCUUAUGACAUCACACCGAUUAAAAGGAAAUUUAAAUUACUUAAAAGAGUCGACAGUCUGCGCCGACAAGAGCUGGGUUCUGAUAGCGCCGGAUAAAGAAAGACGUAAAAGAGACGAGACACAUAUAAUAUCUACACUGGAUCAACGUACUGGAUUUAUACACGUGGGAUACCAUACCGGGUACACUCACAUGUUCAUGGUGCGUACCACCGACCCAUCCCGCAAAAAACAAUGAAGAAUUAUGAAGGAGGAAACACUGUCUGGGGAUGUACAUAUGAUACAAUGCAAAGGGCAGGAAAAGCGAAAAUUGGGGUAUUCAUGAUGACGUUAUCGAUCGUGAUUUUUUAUUCUUUACUAUUUGGAUUGGGGCUCAACAAGGCGAUGGAGUUUACUCUUCCUCAAAUCAAACGACGAACGCUCUCGUGGAUUCGUACAAAAACACUGGCAGAACCAACAGAGCCCCCUUUAGUAGAAUGGCUGUACACAAAUUUGACCACGGAGAUGUAUAUCCUCUCUGCCUACUACGAUGACAGGCCGACCGUGGAGUUUCUUGCUGUACGUAUCAUAGGGGUGGCGGAUAAAGGGAGGAUCGAAGACAAAGGAGAGAGGGUGUUCUGUGUUGUGUGGGGUGGCACAAAUGACCUCGUUGGUAGCGUUCCUGAGGAAAUGGCGGCCACCCACAUUGGCCCGGGGGCAUGGUCUCUUGGAAAAUAUUUUAGAGAGUAUAUAUUCGUCUGCCCUUUAACAAAUGUUUCCAUUUCCAGACCCUCAUUUGUAUCUGUCAUAGACGAAACAUACUUUAACAAGACAAAAAAUCAGUCCCGGGAGAUCAGCUUGAAAGAAACACUGGCCACUCUUCCAAAGAUACCUGUGAGGUAUCCAGAGCGCCCUCUCAACAAACUGGACUUUGGUCAGUGCACAAGUAUCACAUACUGGACCUUAGAUCCUUACCGUAUAGUGGAAUGGGUGGAGCUACACAGAAUAUGGGGUGUGAAAGAGAUGAACAUUUACGGUAGUGUAAUCAAUGACACUUCAGACAGAGUAUUCAGACACUACCACAGCGGGGGUUUCCUGAAGUACACCAGGAUUCGGAGGCCAAUGAAUGAAACGUCCGAACCGAUCUUUCUUCUGAUGGCGUCGACGGUAAUAAAUGACUGCAUAUACAAGAAUAUGUACAGAUACAAUAAGAUUGUAGUUGUCGAUCUCGACGAACUGAUCGUUCCUCGUGGUAACCUUAGCACCUACAACGAGCUCAUAGAGACCAUAGACCGUUCAAUUAAACUUGAGCAUCCAAAUCGAAUGUAUAUGUUUCAAAAUGUAUACUUCUUCUUUGAACUGCCACAAGACGUACGGUUUCCAGAACAAGUAGUGACGCUGCGCCAGAUAGGGCGUCUGAGAGACUUAACCCCGGUAGGAACUGCGGCAAAAAGUAUUAUAGACCCAAUGGCGUGUACUAACAUGCAUAAUCAUUUCUGUUGGCAUGUAGCAAAACUAAGUGACAAACCUUCACAUACGAACUACGUGAACCCGGAUUUAGGACUUAAUCAACAUUACAAAAAGUGCCACUUCGACAGAUACAUGAAAUCAUAUAAUUUACCGCCGUGCAAAGAGGCGCUGAAGAAUUUCACCACAGAUAAAAAUAUGCAGAGAUUCAGUCAUUUACUUAUACCACGUGUUAAAACAGAACUGGACAAAUUGGGCCUGCCUCAUCAAUUAUAGUUGUAUUGUUAAGGGAGGACUGUAGGCUGGAGAUUUUAUCUUAAAUUAAAGGGGUUAGGUUUUCAAAUUACACAGUUCCAAGUUCAUCGAGUGACGUAAUAUUGGGAUUUUUGCGGCAAAACAUCAUUUUCGGUUUCCUGAUUUUCUAAGGCACCUGGAUGGCUCUAAACAUGAUUUUAAUGGUACUAUAACACUUGGACAAAGUACAACAAAGAGUGUCCGAGGAUUUUUCUUUAAAGACUUACUGUUGAUUUUAUCUUUAAAAACGUUAUUUUAGCCCUACAGUCCCCCCUUAACAUAAACUGUGCAAAUAUGUACACGACAGAUUUGGACAGGUAAAGAAUGUAGACUGAGCUGCGUCAUUUGAUAACACAUACCUAAAAACCAAUUUGUAUAUAAAUCUGUAUAUAAUUCUGUAUAUACAUAUACUUGUUUGUGUUGUCUGUAAUUACAAUUUUGUGCAUCAAAAUAAUGAAAAAUAAACAGUAUAGAU